CGUGCGUGAUGACAUCACCGCCCGAUUCCCCCCCCCUCCCGCCUUCAGACCGGACCGCGCAACGCCACCCGGACUCGCUUCGUUUUUCCUUCCCUCUUUUCCCUAAUUUGUUGUUGCUUGUUUUGUUUGUCACCUGCGAGCAAUGAACGUCUCGGGCCUUCGUGCUUUGUCCCGGGAUACUGAGGCGUCGGAGGCGCACGUGGAGGCGGGGAUCUACGGUGCCCACGACACCCUGCGCAAGGGAUUUACGAGCGUGCGAAACAACAUUACUGCUGCGCAUCCCUUAGAAGCCUCCGAAAAGCAAUAUGACCUGCAACAGCAGCAGCUGUCACUGCAGACGCUACGACGGAUUCAGGGUCUGCAUGCACCACUACGCCUGCAAAUGGAAAUGAGAGCUGCCUCACAGGUGCAAAGAUUGCCCUGCCUGCAGAGCUCUCGGGUUGCCUUGGACACCAUCAGGGGUUUCGAUGACUACUUGGGCUUUGAGCAUGUUCUGAAUGACCCAGAAUAUGCAGAGGUGAUGGGGGAGCCACAUGUGAUGAUGGAGAAGCAGCUGGGCCUGCUGUAGGAGUCAGUGGGGAAGCGAAAACAUCCAAUUGUGCACACCCACUUGUACAUAUACAAGUGUACACACUUCCAUAAGAGCACACAUCCACCCAUACCUUAUGCUCACAUCCAUGUUUUCACAUGUGUGCAGAUGCGAUUAAAAGUGUUGUACACGUGCA